AAUUAUAUUUAUUAAUUAAUUAAUUAAAAAAUAAGUAUUCAAUAUAUCCAAAAUAAUUAUAAAAUGUCAUAGAAAAAAGUUCUUAUUUAAGAAAUAUUUAGCUAAAAUUUAUAGAACAGUUAAGAUGAAGGAUAAAUUAUAGAAGAGGAGUAGAAACCUUAGCAUAUGAGCAAGCAAAUAUUAUCAACUACCAUUUAAACAGAAAAUAGCAAGAAUGCAAAAAAAGAUCUAUUGAGAUUGGAAAAAAAUUAUUUUGAUAAUAUUUAUAAUGAAGAAAAGCAUCAAAAUGAAAAAUAAUUUGCCAUUUAAAAAAUGCUUAAUCAAAAUCCUCAGGGUUAGUCUAAACCAGAUUUUAAAUCGUUCCCAAAAUCAUCAAUUAAAGAUAGAUUAGCUUAGUUCAUGCCAAGCUUCAAAAAAGAUACAGAUGAUCUUCUUGUAAAUGUAGAAAGAUAGGAAAAAAUGAGAAUAGAUGACAGGAAUUAAUAUGAAAUAGAGUAGGAAGAUUAAGAAAAUGCUUCAAGCAACAGUGAUAAUGAUAGUGAAGAAGAAUAUGAAUAAUAGCAGGAAAUGGAUCACUAUAAACAUUAGUAGCAAUUAAUUGAACUUAAAAAGAAAAAUAAAGAAUAGUUAAAAGGAAAAAAAAAUAAAUUAAAAAAUGAAGAAUAAGAUCAAAAUCCCAAAAUGAUUCAAUUGGACUUACUUCUUGGUAUUUUAGAAUAAAAAAAUGUAGAUGGUGAUAAAGAAUAGAACAAUGAAAAUAUUAGCAAUAGUGAUAAUAAUGAUUAGAUGAAUAUAGAAUAAGAUUCUAAUGAUGAUAUGCAAUAAAAUAAUAUUAACAUAUAAAAACCAAAAAUUUAAGAAAUAAAUUGA